UACGGCGAGGAGCUCUUGGAAGGUCAUUCUCAGCUUGGUUUGCUUAUCUUCUAGAUAUAGCAACAUGGGAGCUUUGGUGAUGACGAGUGUGUUCCUGCUGGGCCUAAUAGCAACCGAAGCUAGAAGCCUGUCUGAAGAAGACGGCGUGACGUACAUAGCUCGAAGCAUGGCCAUAGCACCUCCCCUACAUAGCGCAUCACCACCAGAAGACCCAAGAUUGAUAGCAACAGCAACUAACUAUCAACCUUUUCCUAUUAAAACUUACCAGUAUUCAAGUUACGCACCAAACUACGAAAUCCUCGCACCCACAUAUAACCCCCAAGCCUACCAACUCGACAGCGAAUACUCCAAAGAAGCCAAAGACGAUGACUUUGAAAACACAGAACACUUCCUCGGUGACCUCCAAGGCUACACCCACUACAAAACCUCCAACAGCUUCAACCUCGAAGGUCCCCACCAGCUCGAAACCAUCAACACCAAAAGCUACCACAAAGAAGUAGAACCAUAUGACGUUUCCGGCUAUUCUCACGACCAACACGACCACGACGAAGAACACGCAGAGGUCCACUACCACCAGCACAAACACGUCCACAAACACAACCACAAGCAAGAACAUGUUCACCAACACAAAGGUCAACACCAGCACCAACACGGUCACAAACACCAACACCAAGGACAACACAGUCACAAGCACGUGGGUGACCACAAGCACGAACAUCAACAGAAACACGUUCAUAAUCAUCAUGGCGAACACGACCACAAACACCAACACGGGCAUCAGCACAGCCACCAUGGCGAUCACAAACACGACCACAAGCAUCAUCAGGAUCACAAGCAUAGUCAUCAUCACGGGCACAAGCAUUCUCAUCAUUCUGACCACAAGCACGAACAUCAUCAGGACCAUAAGCAUGAUCAUCAUCACGACCAUAGUCACCAGGGGAGUCACAAGCAUCAGCACCAUCACCAGGGGUCGCAUAAGCAUCAGCAUAUGCAUAAGCAUGAAGAUAAGCACCACCAUGGGCAUAAGCAUGGGCACUCUCAUAAGCAGAGCCACCACAAGCACUGAUUUUGUUGUUUUUGUUUUUAAAUGUUGUUGUCUGUUGGGACUUUUAUCCGCAAA